UUAAAAGUGUUUUUAACCAAAAUAUAAUUUUUUUUUGUAUUAGAAAUAUGGGUCCAAAAGACCAUAUAUAUUCUGAACAAAAUGAAGGAUCCAAUAUACCAAAAUUUGGAAUUGGUUCUGAAAUAAAUGCUGCGAAAACAUUAAAUUCAUUAAAAUUAGAUAAUCAAUAUAAAGAGAAUCAAUAUCCAUUUAAAGAUAAUAUAUAUAAAAGAAGGAAACUGUCAAUGGAUGUUGAACUGUUAAUUCCAACCACCACCAAUCGGAGCAUUAUUGGAAGGCUUUCCAGAAUAGAAAACGAUCAAAAUACAAGAGUAUCCAAAUUGAAUAGAGAUAUUGAGUUUAAACAACAAGAAAUUCAAAAUAUUUCAACAAAAAUUAUGACAUUACAAACUCAAACAGCAAAUCAAGAAUUUGAAGUUUUCAAAUUAGAUGAUCAAUAUCUUAAAUUAAAGGAAAAAUUGGGAAUUGUUGAUGAAGAAAUUAAUGAAUUAAAACAUCAUGAACAAGAAUCAUUGAAAGAAUUAGAAGUUAAAUAUGAAUUAGAAACUGAAAAAUUAAAAUUAAAUCAUGAUGAAAAGAUUCAUGAUUUAACAUUAAAGGCUGAAAAUGAUAUAAAUAAAAUUAUUCAUGAUAAUGUUAUAAGAUUUGAAAAUGAAAAAUUAGAAUUGAAAAAUGAAUGUGAAGGGAUUGAAAAGACCAUCAAGCUGCAGGAACAGGACUUGAAUAGGAAGCUUAUAAGGAUGAAGGAAGAUCAUAGUAGAAGAAUGAUUCAAUUAGACCAAGAUAUGGAUGAAUCAUUGGUGAAAUUAGGAGAAGAAAUUGAAGAAAUGGAAGAUUCAAUAGAAUCAAAGAAAUUAAUGAAGGAUGAAAUAGAAAUUGAAAAUUUAGAGAUUGAUUCAAAACAUGAAAAGAUUUUGAUAGAAUUUAAUAAAUUAAAGGAGAUUUCAAAUGGUAAAGAAGAACAACUUGAGGAAAUUCAAAAAGAAAUUAAUGGAAUUGAACAAAUGAUUAAAGAAGUUGAAAAUUCAUUUCAAAGUAAAGAUGAUGAGAUUAUUCGAUUACAACAAGAAACCAAAGUAUUUAUAGAAGGAUUGGCGAAACAAGAACAUUCUAGGAGGGUUCUUCAUAAUCGAUUACAAGAUUUAAAGGGAAAUAUCCGGGUUUAUUGUAGGAUAAGACCACCAAUAGAUGCAAUUAAUGCUGCAAAGGAUCUUACAACAUUUGAUAUUUUAAAUGAUUCACUUUCUCAUGACGCUAAAAAGGAAAUGAUAAUUUCUAGAGAUCCAACUUCUGAAAAUUCAUCAAUUCAUUCAUAUUCAAUGAGAAAUAAUACUUUUAAAUUUCAAUUUGAUCAAAUUCUUUCAAUGGAUACUGACAACAACACUAUCUUUAAAGAUGUUUCACAACUUAUUCAAUCAUGUUUAGAUGGUUAUAAUGUAUGUGUUUUUGCAUAUGGGCAAACAGGAUCUGGAAAAACCUGGACAAUGUCUCAUCCCCAACAUGGUAUGAUCCCUCUUUCAAUUCAAAAGAUCUUCAAUGAUAUCGAAGAACUUAAAACUACACAUUGGGAAUAUUCACUUGUUGGACAAUUUCUUGAAAUCUAUAAUGAACAAUUAAUUGAUCUUUUAGCGCCAAGCAAAAAGAAACUUGAUAUUAAACAUAAUGAAACGGAUUCCACAACUACUGUGACAAACUUAACUUCGAUCCCAUUAACAUCUUCUGAUCAAUUCAAUCAGAUUUUGAAUAAAGCUAUGAAAAAUAGAUCUACUGCUGCAACCAAAUCAAAUGAACGGUCUUCAAGAUCUCACUCUAUUUUCAUUCUUAAAUUAGAAGGUAAAAACUUCAAAACCAACAAGAUUUGCAGAGGCACUCUCAAUUUGAUUGAUUUGGCAGGUUCAGAAAGGUUGGCUUCUUCACUUGCCACCGGUGAUAGAUUAAAAGAAACACAAGCAAUUAAUAAAUCUUUAUCUUGUUUGGGAGAUGUCAUACAUGCGUUAGGCCAGAAAUCCAACCAAGCACUACACAUUCCAUAUAGAAACUCUAAAUUGACAUAUCUAUUGAAGAACAGUUUAGGGGGAUCGUCAAAAACAUUGAUGUUUGUAAAUGUAUCUCCCUUAUUGAAAAACUUUGGAGAAACCAUAAAUUCAUUGAGGUUUGCAACAAAGGUAAAUAGCACUAAAUUAGGUUCAUAA